AUGAAUAAUCGACGAGUGUUUUAUGAUGAGUCCAUUUGGGAACGGUUUGAGAACAGGAUAAAAACCUGGACUUAUGGACUCACCCACGAAUUGUUGCAGAAUUAGGUUUGCAGUCCAUUCUUGUUCAAGUUCCUAAUAUUGAUUGAGCUCAUCUAACUUCUGUAUUAUUCGAUUCAUCCCAACUUAGAUUUUCUAUUCAAAACGGUGUGGUUGGAGUACUUCCGUAAUGCAUUGCAAUACUUCUAAGUGAAUUACAUCAUAUUCAACGGUGGAGUGAAUGUGCUGUUAAUAGUAAUGUACAUUUCCUUUGGAGUUCAGAUUCUCAUGUUGUUCCUGUUGAUCAUAAUUACAUUCAAACUGACAUCAAAUAAGAGGAAGCCAAGCACCUUUCUUACAUACUGUCUAAAAAUAUUUUCCUUGUAUGGCUUGCUUUUGAAUACCAUUUUGACAAUCCCCAUAUUCAAUUCCUUCAUCGGCACCAUUUAUUGCAACUCCGACGCUCCCUUUUCCGAUGGUUUAGAAUGUUACGCUGGUCUCCACUUUUUGCAUAUAUCAUUGGCUAUAAUCGGCUUAAUCUUAUUUCUAAUCAAUGUACUCUAUUUCGGAUUGCUUUAUGCUGAACUCAAUCCAAGUUCCCCAAUCCCCUUUGCAUCUCCCCAGUCCAAAAAUCCAUUGGUUAGAUAGUUGAUCAAAAUCAUUCUUCCUCUCUACGUGACUCUGGAUUUCAAUGGCGAAAUCGCAGAAGUCUACAUAUCUCUUUUGGCAGCAUUUUAUCUACUCCUGCUGGUCCAAAGAUAUCGAUCUCCACCCUAUUACAAUAAGAGUGUAUAUGGAUUCAUCGUAGUGCAGGAAGUAUUACUCUUCUGGGCAAGUUUGGUAGGCGUCAUAACUGCAUUUCUGGAUUUAGGUGCUGUUGAUGAUAUUGGAUUGUUUUACAUGAUUUUGGGAAUGCCAUUGCUUUCCUUAGUCUAUUUCCAAUUAUUGACUUUUAGACAAUAACAGCUAUUAAAAACCCCCAUUAAAUCAUUCAAAAAGGAGACAGACAUCGAAAUCUAUAUAAAUCAUCUCAUGGAUUUAAUUGAAAAUCGUGAAAUUCUUCAAUCCAGAAUUGUGUUGGAAGGUGUAUUAAAGUUGCAUCUAAAAAAUUGUGGAAAGCCCAGUGAAAACUGUGUUUGUCAGUAAUUGGUAGCAGACAACUUGAAGGAUGAAGAAACACCCCAAAAAUUGAAGAGAUGGUAUCAACUAAUAAAGAGUAUUAUAUCUGAUGCUCUGGAUAGGUAUCCAAAAUGUCCAAGAUUGCAUCUGUUGAAUUCAUACAUACAUCAUGAGAAAUUGAAGAAUAAAUUCAAAGCCUUAUUUGAAUUGAUGAUCACUGAAGAAAACAAACCGAAUUUACAGGAAGAAUUUAGUAUUUAUAGAUAUAAGAAUCUGAUUGAAGAGGAAAUGAUCGAGAAUGAUAUGAGAACAUCUGAAAAUAAAGGAGUAGAUGUCAAUAUCAUUGUAGUAUUCUAAAAUAAAUUUGUCAAUUUCCUCGGUAGUAUAGAAAAAAGUGUUACUUUACAUAUGGAAUUUUGGAGAGAACUACUUGAAGAAAACCCAGACAUUUAGAAAUUGUAAUCACUUGGAUCUAAAAUUACAAACACUGUUGAAUCUACAAGUGAUUUCUACAAAAAACUGUAAGAGAUGAAUCAGAAUCAUAUCAAAUGUCUGUAAGUAUACGGCAACUUUUUGAAGGAUAUUGUUAAUGACGAUGUGGAAGGAUAAAGGAUCUUGGAGAAAGCUGAAUAUAUACAAAAGAGCACUGCUGUCAAUAAGUUAGGAUUAGAUUAAGAAAGAUAGAAGUAUGGUGAAAAUGCCAAUACUUGUAUUAUCACUUGUUCAGGCAAUUAUAAUAAUAUAGGUGUGGUUACUAAUGUUAACAACGAAAUAACUAGAAUCCUAGGGUUCUCUAAGUCAGACAUAAUUGGAUAGAAUGUAAAUAGAAUCAUGCCAAAAGUAUAUGCUGAUCAACACGAUCAAUUCAUGAAGAACUAUUUAGAAACCAGUGAUUCCAAAGUGAUUGGAUAGGAAAGAAUACUAUUAGCUCAAAAUAAGAACAAUUAUUUGGUGCCAUGCACUCUCAUGAUUAAAGUCUUGCCUAAUUUGGAUGAAGGAAUUUAGAUAGUGGGAUUCUUGAAAGACAUAGAACCUGGAAGUUCAUAUUUAAGAAGUGAAUAAGAAAUCGAUUAGGAGUGGCAUUUCAUAAUCAUCAAUGUUAAUAGUCAAGCCAUCUUGGGAAUUACUUAAUCCUGUUAUACCAGAUAUGGUAUUCCAGCAUCUUUGGUCUAUGGUAAUUCAACGAAUACUAAUGAAUUCACUAUUGAUGCCAUUGCUCCUGAAUUAGUGGAUAGUAAAAAUUAGGAUGAUCUCAAAUCUCAAGGCUUGGUUACUACUAUUGAUACUUCUUAACUCCAACAAAACUUCCUGUUGGGACGAGGAGAAAGUGAUGAUGAGAUGUCACUGGAAGAGGAAGAAAACAUAUACGAACCUCCAUAAUAAGCUUCAUAGAUGUAAUCUAAGAUUGGAGAUUCAAAUUUAGGUUAAAUGCUCAAUUAGAAUCAUUAAUAUAAAGAAACUGCCGUUGAUUUAUCGCAAUAAUAAGUCUAGAAUUCAAAAAUAGAGGAGGCCAAAAGUAAGAAGUUGCAGAAGUAGCAAAGAUAUAAAAAAUAUAAGAUUAAAGCUUUUGUUUAAGAUGAGACAGAAUUUGGCGAUUAAAAAAUAUAGAUCAUCAGAUUUUAUGAAGUUGAUGAGAAUGAGGAAAUUAAAUAAUAAAGAUCGAUGGAACCAGCAGCUGAAGAAGCACAAUAGAAUUAGAUGAAAACUGUUAUGAAGGAUGAAUAAUAAGUCUAAGAAGAUGUGAAUGCAUCUGAGGGAGAAUCCAAUUUAUCAGGUGGAUCAGUAAAUGAUGAUAUGAGAUAAUUGAAAGACUUCAAGGCAUUAAUUUCAGAAAAAACAGAGCCAAAAUACAUUCGUAUUCUGAAACGAACUGUCUGGUUUAUUAUGCUCAUACUCAUUGUUCUAAGUGCACUUAUAUUGGGAUACAGAAUGACUCAAAGUUCGGAUGUCUAAGAAGGUGCUGAUGCCAUCUAUUUAUCCUAUAUGAGACAUAAUAUUAUGGCAGAUGUCAACUUUUACACUCGAUUACUGUAGAUGUUGGGCAACAGUACUUACAUAGCUGAUAAACAUGGUUACACUACAGCAAAUGCAGACACAUUUAUUAAGGCCAAUCUGUCCUAUUUGGUGGAUACUUUGAAGGUAGUGCAAUUUGAUGUCAUCAAGGCCAGAAUCAAAAUGGAGGCUAGAAUGACUGGAUCGUCCAAUUUGGAAACUUAUUAAGUGAAGUUUUUGUUGACUUCUGGAGAGGAGAAAAUUUACGACAACAUUUUUAAUGAUGCAUUAUUUUAAAUUAUUACUUCUGCUUCUUCAUUGAGAAAUUCAUCUGCAGCAUCAUUUAAUGGUUCUGUAACAACAGUCGACAAUACACAAAAGAACUUUUUUUAUGUGAUGACCAAUGGCUUAUUUGUUUUGAGAAAGGGAUCAGAGGAUAUUGCAUAAAGAUUUUUCGAUUUUUAGUUCGGAUGA